GGGGAAAAUACAGAAAGUAAGAAUCACAUGGAAAAACACACCAAAAUCUAAUUGACAACUAGCAGUGCUCUUGAAAUUUAAUUUUAGUCUGUCCUUAUCGCGAUAAAAAAGGAUUAAAAGUGCUCAAAAAUCCAGAAUUUCCAAGUUUUGAUGACAUAAAAGAGGAGAGUAUUAAAAUAGCAUACAAUCGCGUACGACCAAUUUUUUUAAUGGGGUAGGUCAUAAAAUUUAAAUCCAAAAACUCUAAAUUUACUACCUAGAUGAUAUUAAUAAGGAACAAGUAGGUACUGAAUUAAAAAGUCAUACAGCUGCAUAAAGUUUCAUGAUUAAAAGUCACAAGAAUAACUUUAAAUCCGAUAAAUAUUGAAAGAAUAAAGCACACACCACCUACUAAGUACACGGCAUACGUCACAUGUACAUUCAUAAAAAAUGUGUAGAGCUUUAAAAUGAGUAAAAUUUUCACUCGUACCAAAACAAAACUCAGUAUUUUCACAGCGCUUGAGCAGUAAGACAUACACACAAGAAUAUUCUUUUACACUUGAACAAUGUCGGGAUUUCGUGCAUCAACCUCGGGCAUAGCCGAGUACAUCGAUGCGCAUCAUGAAGAAGAGGUUUUACAUUUAGUAUGGGAAUCAGGUCUUAAUUCAUGGAAGCAUCGUUUUGCGCAGUUUAAGCGCAAAGUCCAAAAUGGAGUUUAUCCGGCUCAUCUUGAGAGCCUUCUUGUCAUUACCGUUCUUGUUAUGGCGUUUCAUUUUUCAUCGACCAAAGUUCCUUAUGAUCUAAUAAAUACAGUCAUAUGGCUCUUGCCAAGCAAUUUAAUCGAUUGGCAGAUACUGCUAUGCGUUAUGGUAGCAUUUAUAAUAUGGCUCGUGAUUUGCAUUACGCUUCGAUACACACUUAAGUUUCUUUUGAUGUACAAAGGAUAUAUGUUUGAGACACGUGGGAAAGGCGUUAGUCUGACAACUCGCGUGUGGGGUAUUUUAGUCAAGCUCCUUCUUAAAUGGAAUUCACCUGCUUUGUAUAGUUUUCAAGGAUCGUUACCUAGACUUCCUGUACCAUCUGUAAAAGACACUGUUGAUCGAUAUUUGAAGUCUGUUAGACCAAUUUAUGAUGACGAAACUUUUGAGAAUGUUAAGAAGGAAGCAGUAGAAUUUGAGAACGGAAUCAGCACCAAAUUACAGAGAUAUUUGGUCCUCAAGAGUUGGUGGGCUGACAAUUUCUACUCGGAUUGGUGGGAAGAGUAUGCAUACUUGAAAAGUAGAGAGCCAUUGAUGUACGGAAGCAAUUAUUAUGGCUCAGACACAAUCGACCCUCCAUCAAACAAUCAAGCUGCACGUGCUGGAAAUUUAGUUCAUUUAAUGCUUAAAUUUAGGGAAAAGAUUUCACAUCAAGUAUUGCCACCAAUCAUGUUACAAGGAAUGGUGCCAUUAUGCUCAUCACAAUAUGAAAGACUGUUUAAUACCGUCCGAGUUCCAGGAAUUGAAAGUGAUAAAAUUGUACAUUAUGAGGAUACAAAACACAUCGUUGUUAUCCACAAAGGAUGUUACUACAAAGUCAUUGUAUUUUUUGGUGACAGAAUACUUAAUCCUUCAGAAUUACAGUAUCAGUUCCAAGAAAUCCUUGAAUUAAAACCAACAGCAUCAGAAACAGAGGAAAACUUAGCAUCAUUGACUGCAUGGAACCGUACAAAAUGGGCAGAAGUUCGUGACAAAUUCUUCUCAAGUGGAAUCAAUAAAAACUCAUUAGACGCAAUAGAAACUGCUGCAUUUGUACUAUCCCUUGAUGACGAGCCAUACAAUUACAAUCUAGAUUCAUCACCCACAGAGUAUGGUCAGUAUGGAAAACAAUUGCUUGUUGGAAACGGUCGCAAUCGUUGGUUUGACAAAAGCUUCAAUUUGUGUGUCGGAAGUAAUGGAAGGACUGGAAUUCAUGGAGAACAUACCUGGGCUGAUGCAUCUGUAGUUGCUCAUUUACUUGAGGAUUGUGUUUGUGAAGAUUAUGCAAGUUACGACGAACAUGGAAGAUUAAGAGACCCAAUGAUUCUCAAGAGAAAGACAUUCAGGAAAUUACAAUGGGAUCUUGAAAACACAGAACUAAAAGAAUCUGUCAAAAUGGCUCAUGAAAAUGCCUUAAAUAUCAUAAAUGACAUUGAUCAUCAAAUAAUCGUCCACAAACAAUUUGGAAAAGGGUUUAUUAAAACAUGUCGUUUAUCACCAGACGCCUUCAUCCAAAUGGCUCUUCAACUUGCUUAUUAUCGAGAUUUUGGUAAAUUCUCAUUGACAUAUGAAGCAUCAACAACGAGAUUAUAUCGUGAAGGACGAACAGAGACCGUCCGUUCAUGCACCAUUGAAUCUUCAAAUUGGGUUAAAUCAAUGGAGGACCCAAAUGUCACAAAAGAGGAAAGAAUUCGUUUACUUAAAGAAGCCUGCAAUAAACAUCAAACAGGAUAUUUGGAUUCAAUGACUGGAAAAGGAAUUGAUCGUCAUCUCUUCUGCUUUUACAUCAUUUCAAAGUAUUUAGAACUUAACUCACCGUUCCUUGAUAGAAUCUUUAAUGAACCAUGGAGACUAACGACAUCUCAAACGCCAAUGGGUCAGACACCAAAAACUGAUCUCAACAAGUUCCCACAAUUGGUAUCAGCUAGUGGUGGAUUUGGUCCAGUUGCUUAUGAUGGUUAUGCAGUUUCAUACAUUAUUGUUAGAGAUGAUUUGAUCUUCUUUCAUGUGUCGAGCAAAAAGAGUUGUUCAGUCACUGACACAGACAGAUUUUCAAACCAGAUUGUUACAGCUAUGGAUGACAUUAAGAAAUUAUUUGAAAAGUAAAUUUAAUGUAUUAAGUAUAAUGGGUUGUGUGUUGAUGAUGUCUGAUGUUUAGAAGGGGUGAACAUAGAUUCUACAACGAAUAGGAUCCUGGUGCAUAGCUGCAUCUAACAUAAGUUUUAUUAAUGUAGUAUUACUGUAGAGGAACGAGGAUCAAGGUCAAUUCUAAGUAUGAGAAGUCCUUAACAACAAACCCGAGCAAGUCAAUAAUCCUUUACCAAGGCUCAUUAAUUGGGAGGAGGUUCCGAAAUCACCAUGACAUUCCUUAACAUUGUUUUGUUAAGUUAUUCAAUAACAACCAUCCUUCCUGGACCAAAAAAUCACAUUUUUAGAAAGACAACAGUUGUGAACGAUUCUUAUGAGAUUUAUGAAUAAAAUUUUGACUUAUUGGAUUUUCAAUAUUUA